AUGGCUCCAUCCCGAGACUUUGCAUCCCACCAGACUGGUGGCUCUGGCAGUUUACCAAGUUCUGUGCCAGUCCUCAUUGUGGGCGGAGGUCCAACUGGCCUAUUGCAGGCUCUCCUUCUGUCCCGCCUAGGGGUUCAAUCAUUGAUCAUCGAGCGUUAUCCCGAGCGUCUAGCUGCUCCAAAAGCCCACGCAAUCAACCCCCGCUCUUUGGAAAUCCUGCGUCAAUUUGAUCUAGGCGAGAAGCAUGUUCGCCAGCUAGGCACUUCACGAAAUGAUAGCUCCUCGGUCAACUUCCUCACCAAUCUUUGCGGGGAUGCGAUCGGCAGGCUCCCGUAUGAGCGAAUGGAUCCUACUGUCUUGAAUGACACGCCAGAGAUGAUCCAUAAUAUACCCCAGCCAGCGCUAGAGCAAGAAUUGUCCAACUUUAUCACGAAGGAUCCCAAUGUUACCUUGAUCAAAGGAUUCAGUAUUCAUGCUGUGGAGCAGAAUGAAAAUGAAGUUGUGGCGACUAUUGAGCAACGCUCAACUGGACAACUCCAUCAAACAAAGUCCCGUCAUCUCAUAGCCUGUGAUGGUCGUAGAAGCAAGGUCCGCGAGCUGCUCGGUAUUGAGUCGGAGAGUGAAGACUCGGACCAGACGAUGAUGACUAUUCAUUUCAAUGCCAAUCUGCGACCCGUCGUUGGUGAUCGUGUCGGUAUGCUUUACUGGAUAAUGGACCCUAUAGCCGCGGGCUUUAUCAUCGGCUAUGAUCUUGAUGGGAUCCAGGUACAUAUUAGCCAGGUAGACGUUGAACAGAACCCAGUCGAGUCGUGGACAGAAGACAUGUGCAGGUCCACAAUCCGCAGCGCUAUCGGUAAAGAUGAUGUUCCGUUUGAUGUCCUGAGCUAUCGCCCUUGGGUCUUCCGUCGACAAGUGGCUGUCACGUUCCAACAGGGAAAUAUCUUCUUAGCUGGAGAUGCUGCUCACUCAUUUCCCCCAACUGGUGGACUAGGCUUGAAUUGUGGUCUUGCAGAUGUUCACAACUUGGCCUACAAGAUUGCCUCGGUUCAUCGAGGAGUGGCAACACCAUCUAUACUUUCAACAUACACUGCCGAACGACGGGGUGUUGCGGAUUCCUAUUCCAAGCAGAGCGUUAAGAAUGGCAAGGAGAUUUUCGCACUGUUGCGGAGUCUCAAGACCGCUUGUGUUGAAAAUGUUGUGCAAGCGCGAAGGAAUAUGAUGGCAGCGUUGGCGGAUCCGGCCCAACGGAAACAGGUUGAGGCAGGUAUUGAAGGACAGAGGGAGCAUUUCGAUAAUCUGGAGCUUCAUAUUGGAUAUGUGUAUGGAGCGACCAAGCCACCUUCUCAUGCUUCUCAUUAUUCUCCGAAAUUCGUGCCCGGGGCGCGCUUGCCUCAUGCUUGGAUCACCUUCCCAGAGCAGGUAUCCGCGGAAACAGAGGCAGCCAAACGUUCUUCACUACCUCAGGAGCCGGUUGAUGUGUCCUACGUCAAAGAGCUUGACGCAGAUCAGGUUCGCGCUUGCCAGUGGAGUACCCUAGAUCUCUGUGGCUCUGACUCUUGGACCUUGAUUUUGGGGAAGGAGCAGCAAAGGCCUCACAUUAUGCUUUUUCAGAAGCACUGUAACGUGAUUGGCUUACCUCUGAACACCUGGUGCCUCGGAUCAGACUUUGAAAUCAUCAGGCAGAGCUGGUUCGCUGAUGAAUUGAUUGAUGGUGGAGGAAUUCUGAUUCGCCCUGAUCAGCACAUCCUAGCAAGAGUCUCUUUUGAGACAAAUGGAGAGGACUUGAUUGCAGAAGUGAACAAACAUCUUGGGAUUUCAUAG